AUGCAUUUUCGACAGUUUUUCACGUUAUUUGGUAUCACAUGUGCUGGAGAUAGGAUGAACAGAAGAGAAGUAUAUACCCAAAUGAGAGUUAAAGCAACUCCAACUUCAUGUCUAAUCUUAUCUGACAAGAAUUUAUACGGUGAAAAUGAAUUUAUUGCUAAUAAAGGGAUAUUUAACAGUGUAGCACACAUAAGAAGGGUUAUGGAUAUGCAGAGACUGCAAAAUUUACCAGAAAAGCACCUUACUUCCUAUUGUUUCGCACUUCAACUGAAUGGGUUCGAUGCCUAUGUAAAAAUUGACGAUUUUGGUAUUUAUACAAUCACUCUGUGUCCAUUAUUAAUGAAAACACGUUCGUUGUCGCACGCGGCAUGGGUGCAUUUCAGAAGAGGACAAAUCGACAUCUUUUGCGCCACUCUCACUUCAGCUUGCCUUCUGCAUUUUCCGCGUAUUAUGCAGCAAAAUAAAACGUCUAAAAUGUGCAAUGAAUUCCCCAACCAUGUAAUUGUUCUUCAAACUGUGUUAAAAGCAGAAAAAAAAAUACAGAAGAUCAUUUCACCUUUCUUUUCAACCACCUGGUUCAUAGUUUCCGAUCUCAAAUUCAACUACACAAUUCUUAAUUAA